GUAAAUAAAAAAUAAUGGAAAAAAAAAUCUAAAUCCACAGACACGAUCUAAGAGAAGAAGCCACGUAGAGAGACACUAACACACACAAGACACAACAACCACUUUUCUCCUCCUAGUUUGGAAGAGAGAGAAAGAGAGAGAGAGAGAGAGAAAUGGCAGGACAGUCACGGAAAUGGAUGAUAUUGAUAGCAACAAUAUGGAUUCAAGCAUUCACAGGCACAAAUUUCGAUUUCUCAUCAUACUCAUCAACAAUGAAAUCGGUACUAAAAAUCUCACAAGGUCAACUUAACUACCUAGCAACAGCAAGUGACAUGGGUAAAGUAUUUGGUUGGUCUUCUGGUCUUGCUCUUAUGUAUCUUCCACUCUCUCUUGUUAUGUUCAUUGCUGCUUCCAUGGGUCUCAUUGGUUAUGGCCUUCAAUUUCUUCUCAUCAACAACAUCAUCACUUUGCCUUAUUUUCUUGUUUUUCUUCUAUGUCUGUUGAGUGGCUGCAGCAUCUGUUGGUUCAACACAGUAUGUUUUGUUCUCUGCAUAAAAAAUUUCCCAGUUAACAGACCCCUUGCACUAUCUCUCACUGUUAGUUUCAAUGGUGUAAGUGCAGCACUCUACACUUUAGCUGCAAAUUCAAUUAACCCUUCAUCAGAUCAACUCUAUCUUCUCUUGAAUGCCCUUGUCCCUCUUCUCACUUCCCUUGCAGCAUUACCUCCGAUUCUUCGCCAACCGCCUUUAUCAGACACUCAUUCUCCACACGCUGCUCGUCACAACUCGGUUAUAUUUCUAACACUAAACAUUUUAGCAGUUUUCACUGGCCUUUAUCUCCUUCUCUUUGGUUCAUCAACUUCUGAUGAAGCUACAUCAAGGCUUUACUUUGGUGGUGCUGUUGUACUGUUGAUCUCGCCGCUAUGUAUUCCUGGCAUCAUAUAUGCUAGAGAUUGGUUUAGCCAUGCUUUUCAUUCGAGUCUUCGAGUUGAAGGCACUGGUUUCAUUCUUGUCCAUGUUGAUGAUCUUGAGCUUCAUAAAGAACUACUUACGCGUCAAAACAGCACUCGCAGCCUUGGAAAUGGAGAGGGUCAUAGCCUGCUUGGUGAAAAUGAUGGAUUUCUGUAUGAAAGUCAGAGGGAAAAAAGUGCUGAUGUGAAUUGUGAGAAAUUUUUUGGACAGGAUCAACUGGAAAUGCUGGGAGAAGAGCAUUCUGCUUCUGUUCUUGUUAAAAGAUUGGAUUUUUGGCUUUACUAUGUUGCAUACUUCUGUGGAGGUACAAUUGGUCUUGUUUACAGCAACAAUCUUGGACAGAUAGCUCAAUCUUUAGGUCACAGUUCAAGAACGUCGACCCUUGUCACGCUUUACUCGUCGUUCUCCUUCUUUGGCCGCUUGCUUUCAGCUACACCAGACUAUAUUCGAAACAAAUUCUACUUUGCAAGGACAGGAUGGCUAACAAUUGCACUUAUACCAACCCCAAUUGCAUUCAUCUUGCUAGCUUCAUCAGAUAGUGUCAUGGCACUUAAUAUAGGCACUGCACUAAUUGGUUUGAGCUCAGGUUUCAUAUUUGCAGCUGCAGUGGCAGUUACAUCUGAACUGUUUGGACCUAACAGUUUAAGUGUCAAUCACAACAUUCUUAUAACAAACAUUCCAAUUGGGUCCCUUCUCUAUGGUUUUCUUGCUGCACUAGUUUAUGAUGCUAAUGCUAUCCCAUUACAUGGAAACACAAUAAUGUCUAACUCAUUAGUCUGCAUGGGAAGGCAGUGCUAUUUCUUGACAUUUGUAUGGUGGGGAUGUAUAUCUGUCUUGGGAUUAGCUUCUAGUUUGAUGUUGUUUUUAAGAACAAAACAUGCUUACAAUCAUUUCGAGAGACACCGUAUUUCGGCACAAUCAAUUGUUUCUUAACUUUUGACCAUGCAAGGAUGUGAAUAUCAUACAUGACUAAUGUUGAUAACAGAGAAGGUUGACAUGUAUAUGACAUGAUUUUGGAGGCAGAAAAAUGGAUGGAAGCUUUGGAUGCAUGAGGUUUGAGGAAAUAUGUGUCAAUGAAGUCUGGAGCUUCAUGAAAUUUUGAGACUAUGACUUGAGACAAAGCUUUUGAUGAUAUAUUUUAUUCACAAGGCAAGAUCUCCGAGGUAUCUUUUUUCAUUGGGCCAAAAAAAUGCAAAACUAGUAUUUGACAGCUCAGUUUUCCAAUUUAGCAUUUUGGUUUUUCAAUUCUUCAUUUGUAAAAACAUGUAUAUGAUGUGUUAUAUUUUUAAUUGUUGACAAAACAUAUCAACUGAGAAAAAAGCAAUGAGAUUAAAAGACAUCUACCGUCAGAGUAAAGUUAUUUUACAUUGACAACUCAUCACAAAUUUUGAACACUUCAAAUAAAAAACUGAAAAAGUAAGUUUUGUAUGAUGUGUUGGUUAGUUGUGAUUGAUUGUCGGUGUAAAAUAACUUUACACUAACGGUGUAUAGUCUUUAAUCUCAAAAAGAAAAACAAAUAUUGUUUAUUUCCUUGGUGAUUGCAACUUGUAAACCCCAUAUUUUACAAUAAUCAUAACUCGAACCUCUUCA